UUAAUUUUUUACGAUUUAAAUAUUUUUUAGCUAUAAUUGUAAUUUUUUUUGUAAAUAUACACAUAUUUCUUACAAUGGAGGAGAAACCAUCGUUAGAAGAUGUAUUAAUGGAUGCAAUUUUACAAAAGAAUUGUUUAACGGUGAAUAAAAUUCUUGAACAAGGAGUAAAUGUAAAUAAGCUCUGCCGGGGUCGUACACCUUUAGGUGUAGCAGCGGAAAUCGGAGACACAGUUAUAUUAAAUAGCAUACUGGCAACAAUAACAAAUCAAAAUUCAAACACUUCAAACAACGCAUCGUUAGCAACUACAACAACAACUACAAGUACCGCACAUCGAACGAAAAAACAAAAGUGUGAUUAUUCAUCAGCUGAAGAGAAUUCAACAAAAAACGUAAAUAAAUCAGUGGAUAAAAAAAAUUUAGGAUAUUUCAUAAUGGUUCACGGUGAUAUUGAUGUAAAUAAUCCAUUGUGUGAACAACAUGCAGAGGAAAAAACUCCAGAAGGUAUGGACGCACUGGAAUGGGAUGUUGAAAUUAAGGAUAAUCAAGAUGAUAAUCAGAUACCAGAAAGAGAACGAGAUCAAUGGGUUUCACUUUAUAGAUGGUACGCAGAUAUUCUAGACAAAGCAGCCGAUAUGUUAAAAGUUCCAAUUAUUUACGAUAUCAAUCAGCAAGAUAGUGCAGGAAAAACAGCUUUACAUUAUGCAGCACAUCGUGGUCGAGUACAAGCUGCCCAAAUUUUAAUCAACGCUGGAUGUCAGCUAGAUAUUGCAUCGAGUGAUAGUUGUACUCCACUUCAUAUGGCAUGCCAAUCGAAUAGUUUGGAAACUGUAAAUUUACUAUUGGAAUCUGGUGCUCGUGUGGAUCCACGAUUGUAUAAUAAAAAAACACCUUUACAUUUAGCGGCCAAACGCGAUCGUGCUGAUUUUGUGGAAGCGUUAAUUAAGAAAGGGGCUCAAAUUGAUGCACAAGAUGCUCAAGACCGUACGCCAUUAUCGAUAGCUGUUAUGAAUGAGGCAGCAUCGGCGGUUCAAGUUCUGCUGAAAUAUGGAGCAAAAGUGAAUUUCGAAGAUGUUCAUGGUUAUACACCUUUAUGUGAAGCGGUUUGGCAAAAAUCUGAAACUAUGGUUCGAGCAUUAUUAAAUGCUGGUGCAAAAAUAACACAAAGUCACUGUUUGUUACAUUCAUCUGUGUGGCAUCAGGAUAAAACAAUUGCCCAAAUGCUAUUGGAUGCUGGUAGUGUUCCAAAUAUGGCGAAUAAUGAAGGUGAUACGCCAAUUUUUGUUGCUGUACGGAAUGGUGAUAUAGAAAUGGUUGAGCUUUUAUUACGAUAUGGUGCUGAAAUAAAUUAUUUUUCUGUAAAUGGUAAAAAUGUGAUACAUGAAGUAGUCGAUCAUCUUUUUAAUGUUGACGAAUUUAAACGAAUGUUCGAAUUCUUGGUUGAAAAUGGUGCUGAUGUAAAUCAACAUAGUUGUCUAGUCUCCGAUUUAACACCGUUAAGUCGCGCCUUAUUUUUUGAACGACCAGGAGUUGCGGCAGUAUUAAUACGUCACGGUAUCGAUAUAAAUUUUUACGAUUCGCUGUUACAUGAAUAUACUUUAUGUGUGGCACGUAGAAAAAAAUAUUUUACAAUAUCUAGACUGUUAAUAUAUUCGGGUUUUGAUGCUCGUAAUCAUAGUACAAGUGAUUUAAAACAUUUGCCAGACAAUUCAAUGUAUGAUGUAAAUACGGUUGACGGAUGGUUAGCAUAUGUCAAACAUAAUCCAUUAAGUUUAUCGCAAUUAUGUCGAAUACAUAUUCGACGUAGAUGUGGAACUCAAGUUUAUAAAAUUGUGAAUCAAUUACCACUGCCUCAUUUGGUUAAAAAAUAUUUAAAAUUAGAAGAUGAAGAUUGUGAUAAUUCGUUAGGUUCCCUUUUACGAGGGCAUUUGACUUCAUACGGACAUAAAUAUACACCUAGAGUGUUAGUAUCAGGUUUAAAAGCACCUGAUAUUGAACAAUUAUCGCGUUUCCCUUCUGGUGGAUACGCUGAUGAUCUAACAAUCGUUUAUCAUACUCAUCCGUGUGUUAUAUUAACUGCAUUAGAAGUGUUAGGCUAUAAAGUAAUUGCAUCUUCGUCUACCACUGUGAAACAGGAUUAUAACGAGUAUAUGUGGACUAUGCGUAAAGAUUUUGCCGAACCAGAACCGGAUCCAUUAACAUCAUUACACGCAAACGAUACAUCGAUAUUCGGUUUAAAUCCAACAGAAGUAAAUGCACUUGCGAAACGUUUUAAUAGUUCAGGAACUGUUAUUAAUGGUGUUAUGAUACAAACAACUCCAUUACGUAUUAUUAAUGCUUUAGGUGAAUUGGGUUAUAGAGUUGUAUCAACAUGUGGGGAUGCUGAAAUAUGUUGGACCUUAGAACUAAUGUGUGACCAUAAUCAUUCGGGGGGAGUAUCCCAAACUCUCGAUGAAAUGGAGUUUGAACGUGGAAUAUGGUAUGCAGCCCAGUAUGGUGAUAUAGAUCGUGUUCGUGCAUUGCUAGCAGCGGGAACACCAGUUGAUAAAUUAGAUUCAGCUGGAUAUACAGCAUUACAUUAUGCCGCUCGGAAUGGUCAUGAAGAAAUUGUUAGCGAAUUGUUAAGGGCUGGAGCUAAUAUUAAUUGUGCAACAAGGGCGGGACAAGCGACACCAUUACAUCGAGCUGCGUCUGCUGGCCAUUCUGGUAUAGUAAAUUUACUCUUAUCUAGAAAUGCUGAUACCAAUAUUUUAGAUGCAGAUGGUAAAACAAUCUUACAUAGGGCUGCUGAAGCUCAAAAACUGGAUAUAUGUGAAAAAAUUAUUCAAAAAAAUCCAUUACUUAUCCAAAUACCUGAUCAUCGUCAAAAAAUUCCCGUUGAUUAUGUUCAAUCUGAUAACAUAAAAUUGUAUGAAAUGUUUAUAUCGUAGUGAUUUUAAUCAAAUAAAAAUAUUUCUUUAAUCAAUCUAAAAAGUAUCUUCUUAAUUUUCAAAUCGGGUUUAUGUAAAUAAGGUUCAUUUUGUAUAAUAAAAUACAGAAUGCCAAAAUUAUCGUUUUAGAAGAUCAUAUUGAUUUAGAAGAUAAAAUUCGAUGACGAAAGUUCCUAUACAGUUUUUAAAUCCAAUUCAACACUGAAGAGAUCUGGCUGCGCUAAUAAUGAUGGGAUUUUUGAAAAUUUCUCCAUUGAAGUCAAACAAAAAGUUUUAUAAUAAGCAAAGUUAUAGAAAAUAAAAUUUACUUUAAAAUAUACUUUUAGAACUUUGUCUCUAAUUGUUUGCUACAUUCGAUUUCAUAAAAACCAUAACUUAAUUUUCAUACAAAAAGUCAAUGUAAAUUGUAAAUAUUAAACUUAGACAAAAUUCCAAUAAGAUAAAUUGUAGUAAAUUAUAUUUUCUCCAACUUUGAUUGUUAUACCAAUUUCAAAUGACUAUUAUAUAUGUAUAUUAGAUGACCUAUGGGAAAUUUUCGCACUCCCAAGGAGACAUUCGAUUUACCCUGAUGCGACCUAUAAAAUUUCGUAUAUACAGGCAUUCAAAAAUUUUUUUAAAUGUAGACAAUAUUUUUACACAAAAAUGUUAAAACAAGCAAGUAAAAAAACGUUUUUAAAAAUUUUUUAAAUAUUGUUUUUUCAACUCAAAAACAAUAUAUCACUACGACAUUCUUAUUAUUUUGCAUCGCUAACGGGAAAAAUACUCUUCAAAAUAACACAACCUUAAUUAUAAUUAAUAAAGUAUUAAGAGACCGAAAAAAAAACUCUUGUGAGAAAUUAUAUAUAGUUAUGAUACAUCAUAUAAUCUCGUUAAUAAUACAUCAGAUCGGAAAACUGCAAAGUAAUUUUCUUCUUGGAAUUUUAAGUGUUCUUUAUGUCACUGCUCUUGUAAUGUGAUACGUUUGGGACAACAUAUACAUGUAUAAUAUAUUUAUAUUUUUUAAAUAUUGAUUACUUAAUAUUAUUUAUUAUAUAAUUAAUAAUAAAUCUACUAUUUUCUGUUCAUCUCGGAAAUAAUAUUUCCUGCCAACAUCUCGGAGGUUACAGGGUAUUUAAAAAGAGAUUGAAAAUUCUGCAGCUUUUCAUUCUCUUCGUUCGUAUAAAAAAUUUUUGUUUGUAUUUUGAUAUAUAAUAUAGUUCCUUGACUUAAAAAAUUUAAACUCAUAAAAAUCUAAUUUCUGAAUUUCCACGUUCAACGUUUAUUUCUUAGAAUCAUGUCGGUUAUUACUUUAUUAUCAUUGCAUUAGAAGUCAAGAAACCAACCCAUAUUACUCAGUUUAAUAUUUAAAUCAACUUAUUUGGUGAUAUAUUUCACACAUUUUCUGGCUUAUGCCUCCGAAAAUAUUAAGUUUUUUUGCUACAAUGACAUUUUAGCAGUCAAUUGACGCAUCAGGCAACGUCGACAAAAUGUGUCUAGAUAGUAGACACACAAGUUUUUUUUUUAAUAGAAUUGGAAAUUAAAUAAUUCAGAAAAACGACUUGCUGAGACUCUUCAAUUGAAGACUAAAACUAGAAAAACGCAUUCAACAAUUUCAAUUAAAAGUUUUAAAUGUUUACAAUAUUUUUAGAUUGAUUAAAGGAAAUUUUCAUUAAAUAAGUGUUAAUUGUUUAAUAAAGAAUUAUACUAACUAUGUUAAUUACUGUCAGUUAAAUGUUAUCUAUUAAAAAAAUUUAAUUUUUCUAUGCAUAUAUUAAUGAAAAGGUCUAUUUUUUCUUAAGCUGAACAAAAACUUUGAACAAUACGAUUUGCUUAAGUAGAAUUUAUGAAACAAGAUAGACGAUUUAUUUUCUGCGUGUUAAUUCGCAAUUAUUUUUGAAUGUUCAACUUAUGAUAAAUGGACUAUAAAUUUAUAUAAUAAAAAAAUACUCUUAUCAAAAUAUGAU